UCUAUUAUCUAUGGAAUACCGUGGAGUGAUGUCAAGAAGAAGAAGAAGAAGAUAAGUUGACAAUUGACGACGUGUCCUCAAGUUUUUUCAUAAAAUAUUUUAUAAAAUUAAUUAAAAAAAUAAAAAAACUAUUUAGCUGUAAAUCAUGGUUGACCAACCCUCUAAGAGUGAUAUUGAAUCAGUUUUUCACAGACUUCGAGCAGUCCCUGCCAAUAAGGAAUGCUUUGAUUGCAACGCAAAAAAUCCUACUUGGGCUAGUAUUACUUACGGAAUUUUUAUUUGCAUUGACUGUUCAGCUGUACAUCGAAGUCUAGGAGUGCAUUUAACUUUUGUCAGGUCAACUCAACUGGAUACAAACUGGACAUGGAUUCAAUUAAGACAAAUGCAAGUUGGGGGGAAUGCUAAUGCAAGACAGUUUUUCUCCCAACACAAUUGUACUACUACUGAUGCUCAGAAGAAGUAUAAUUCAAGAGCUGCUCAGUUAUACCGUGAAAAGCUUCAACAAGCAGCAGUAAAAGCAAUGAAUAAUAACUCAGGGCUGCACAUCCAUGCCCAUUCUGAAGAAAAGCAUGAUGAAGAAGUUGAUAAAGAGGCCGACUUUUUUAGUGAGCAUGAAAAUUUUAGUUUACCAGAAGAACCAGUAAAGAUAUCUACAGAGAGUGAUCUUUCAUUUGCCAAGAUUGAAACUCAACAUCCCACAGAAGGUCCAAAAGUAGAUUUUCACCUGACAGAAUCCAAACCAACAGAAAGGGUAUCAACAAUAGGGGUCCGGAAAGUGCAACCAAAAAAAUCUGGCUUAGGAGCUAAAAGAAGUGGUCUCGGAGCCACAAAAGUGAAAACAAACUUUGCAGAUAUCGAAAAAGAAGCGGUUCUUGCAGAAGAAAUUCGUCAACGCAACAUCGAAGAAGUUGCUAAGGCUGAAGCUCUCUCUAUAAAAGAAAAGGAAGAAAAAGAGGCUGCAUUUCGUUUAGCAUAUAAAGAUUUAAGUAACGAACAACAUAGAAAAGAAGAGCAACUUAAGAAGGCGGAUCCACGCAAGGCGGAGCAGGUUGAGCGUUUAGGAAUGGGAUUUAAUACCAGAUCAGGCAUCAGUCAUUCUGUAAUGAGCGACUUGAAAAGUAUCGAACAGGAAAACGUAGAAAGUACCACAAACAGUUUGAAUUCGCUAGGAAAACUUCGACUUUCUGACAACGAUGGUUUUUUCGAUUCUUUUUCUUAUUCGUCAGGAUUUAAUAUGAAUAGGAAUUCCAACGCAGCAAGUCCUGCUAGUCGAGGGUUGGAAGCUUUGCUGGCGUCUGACAAUGAAAAAUUGAAAGAUUGGACAAUCAUCGACGACCCUGUGAUUGAUAAACCCAAAAGUUCGAAGUCAUCGUAUGUUCCAAUUGAAAAGAAUCCCGUGAGGAACUCAUAUCCGGAAUCAUCGAGUUCUGACAUGGCUCAAAAGAAAUUCGGAAGUGCUAAAGGCAUAUCUUCAGAUCAGUUUUUUGGAGACAGAGAAAAUGACUACGAGGUUCAGGCAAAUCUUAACAGGUUUCAGGGGUCUUCCAGUAUUUCGUCGUCCGAAUUCUUUGGUCAUGGCUCUGAUAAUGCGUCGUACAACAAAUUUCAAACUCCUGAUCUUGACGAUGUCCGAGAAAGUGUUCGACAGGGAGUAUCUAAAGUUGCAGGAAAGAUUAGUUCUUUAGCUAAUGGAGUUAUGUCUUCAAUACAGGAACGGUAUGGUUACUAGUGGACAAUAAAUUAAAUAAAAUUUUGAAGACGGCCAGUUUAUUGAAAGUUACAUUUUAAAGAAAUAAUAAUAUGAAGACAUAUUACUGAAUUCAUUUUUUUUUGGUUGCUUGACUAUGAAGUAGUAAACAUGUGCCUUCAGUUCUUUUAAUUCUUGACUGAAUGGCAGAUUGCAAAAGAAAGUAUUUGUAUCUAUCAUAAUUUACCUAGAGUGAAAAAUAAAUAUAUUGUAUUAAAUUGAGAAAGGUGCAUCUGCAGUAAGCAUUCAAAAUCAUUCGUUAAGCUUACAAAUUAUUGUUUAUUAUAAUUUCUUACGUAAGUACAAGGUGAAAAAGGUCUUUUUGUUUUGUCUAAUAUCACAUUAUAUUGUUGUUUUAAAUAAAUAGCAAUUACUAUUACAUA